AUCCCAUAUAAACACAAGCUGAAACGGUGCAGGGUUGCGCCACCGUCAGACCUCUAGCCAUCUAUGGAGGUUCUUACUCUGAAUCACCAUCCACAGUCUCUACGUGCAUCAUUUCACUAUUCACUAACACUAUCAACCACUUCUUCUAUCUUUUUCAAUCCCCAUCAUUCAUCUUCUGUUGUGGCUUCCUUGUCCGACCCAGAUCCCAAAUCUCUUCAAUUCUUCAACCCUCUUCGCAAAGUUCCCUCCUUUGUUACCGUAACUGCAGCAUCGGCGGCGUUUCUCUUUCUGGGUUUUUGUCGCAAUGGGUUUAUCAAGAAGUCGCUGUCAUCCGUGGUUUCCAUCCAAGAAGGGUUGGAUGGGAAGGGAAUGCUUGAAGAAGAAGAACCUGUGGUUUUGCAUUUGAAGCUCAAAAAGAGAGUCCCUAUUGUGCACGAUUUCAAGAAAACGAGAAUCGCAGAUGAAGAGGCUUGGCAAGUGUUGAAAGCUGAGGUUUUUAACUCCAGCGAGAGAUUUGAGUUUGCGAAGGUUAGAUUUGAAGAGAUGUUGGAGAAGGAGCGAAAAGCCUUCCAUGAUUGUGUUCUCGAACACCUGGAAAGGAUUGAUGAAUGUAAGACCCUGUUGAAGGAAAUCAAAGUGGCAAUGGACAGAUGUGAGAAGAAAAACACAAAUUUAAAGUGUUCCCUCAGGUUCUUCUCCAAGGUUGUUGCUCAUGUAAGGGUCUUGGAGGCAAACAUGCUUCAUGCUUUGAAGUACUAUAAGGAGCUUGACAAAGAUUAAGAGGAAGGAAUUUCUUCACGAAAGGGGGUAUUUUUUAUUUAUUUAUUUAGUUUUCGCUAUGAUUUUUAUAUGACCCUUUAAUCAUAAAGUAUUAGUUUACUAGAAUGAGAAACUCUACUGAGUAGACGAAGCUUGUUGGCAGGAAAAACUGAAAAGGACCAAGUCUAGUGCACAUGUAUGCAUAAUUAGGAAUUGAAUAUAUACAUUGAUAAUUUAUCCCCAGAAGUUUCAAUUAUGAUUUUCGUUGUUCUUGUUGUC